AUGGCGCAGCGGACGCAGAACACAGAGGUUGGAUCUACGGGAGCCAGCUCCUUGUCAUCUCGUGUGGCUUCACUGCUGGCUGCAGCCCGCCACGGGCCCUUUGCUGUGCAAGCGAAGAAGGCCGUGAAGCUUCUGGAGGGCCCCACAGCACACGUGCGUAACAGUGGCCUUCACAAGCUCAGGCAGUUGGUGCUUCAGUUUUCUCAUCUUCACAAGGAACGCCAAGUUGCCCUUGAGCUAUUGCUGCUUGCUCUCGAGCACGGGGACCUUUCUGCGGAGGAUGCUGCAAGGAGCCCCAUCGCCAUCGCUACAGUCUUCAAUGGGGAGCACCAACUGCCUUGCGCAGCCUUCUUGCAGCCGCCUUCCGCGGCAGCUGCUGUGCAGCCCGCUGCUGCUGCGGCUGCUGCUGCAGGAGAGAACCUGCUGCGCCUUAGCUGCCGCAGCGAGGCUCUCGGGUGCCUCAUCGAUCUCAUUGAGGGGGGCGCCCUCGAGCUCCAGCAGCUUAUAGACGCGCUCCAUGCGAGGCUGGCUGCGGCAGGGAACAAGAGAGAAGCAGGCAGCAGCAACAACAACGGCAGCGUCAGCAGUGAGGAGCUGCUGCCUCGGCAGAUGCAGCUUCUGCUGGUGCAGCGCCUCCUCGAGCUUGCACUAGAGGGCAAGCUGCUCCCUGCCUCAGUGCGGCAACCUAAGCAAGACGAAAGACAGCAGCAACUCCCACAAGUGGUGCGGCUUCAGCAGGCAGCAGCGGCCCUCCGUGACGCACUUAUUCGAAUAAGUCACUUUUGUCCUCGCGUGUGUAUCGCUGCCGUGGAGGCUGUGUCUUGCGUAUUGGAAGCUGUUUCAGACCGCAGCACUAGCAGCAGCGAAGUGCCUGAGGGGGGGCUCCCGUCCGUCACUUUUACGGCCUUGCUCGAGCCAACUCUCCUCGUCAGCAUGCAGCUGCUGCUCAACAGCACCAACAACAGCACCAAUGCAGCAAGCUGUUCUCUGCUCCCUCUUGCUGUUGCACGUCUGCUGCGGUGCAUGGAAGUCGUGGGGAAUGCGGAGAUAGAGCUCACUGCGCGAAGCCAGAAGCAGCAACUUCAGCAGCAGAAGCAGCAAGCCAUUAUCAGCGACAGUUUACUGCACUUGAGCUUGUCUGCUUUGCUACGGGUAAAGGAAGUCGAGGAGUUCUCUUGCUGCUUUUCUGCAGCCUUGCAGAGCAUUCAGCUCAGGGCUCUCGCCAUUGCCGCCCUGCACAACGAAAGCGAUGCGUGCAGCAGGGGGCCUCAUUCGCUGCUGUUACUGCAGCAGCGACAACAGCAGGCACGGGCUAACCGCCUACUGUGGGAAUGUGUGUGCCGGCUGUGCACUGCACGCGAGCAGCAGCAAGACCUUACAAGUUUGCUUCGGCAGCUGCUACGCUGCCUUGAUCUGUUCAUUUCCUCGAGGCUGCCCAAUGCCGCCGCAGCUGCCUCUGCAUCGAGAAGCGGGAGCAGCUCUGCGUGCAGCACGCAGAGCCGCCUCUCUCUGGGGAUGUGGCGUAUCGCUUGCGCCACAGUGGGCUGGCUGCUGUGGAGUGCGGCAGUCAACGAAACAAACACAACGGAGGUGCCAUUGCUGCUUCAGGCUGCGAGUAGCUUGCGCAAUUUGCAGCCCCAAGUCGCUCCCCUGCCCUGCAGCAGCAGGAUGGCCUCGAGCGCGGCGGAAUCGUGCUGCCCUUGCAUAUAUCGUCAAGAAGCCUUGCAACGCAUCUGCUGCCUCUCACCACUGCUCCUGCUCCUGGUGCCGCUUGUCACACAGCAGCAGCUUGGUGCUGGAGGCGAGCGCUGUAGAGCCCCAUUGACCGAGGCGCUGCAAAAGACCUCCUUCAGGGCGCAUGCGUUGCUGGCAUGCGCCGCCGCUGCUGCAGCCAAGGGUGCGGCAGCUGCUGCCGAAGGAAGCGACUGCUGCGGCACCGGGGCGUGCAGGUUAUCCUUCGACUUGGAAGAGCUCUUUGGCCUUGAAGGGCCUGUGGAGCAAACCAGCGGCGCUGCAGCUGCACUUCCGCUGGCAAUUGCCUUAUGGAGUUUCCGCAUUCUUGAUUGGGGGGCGGCAGAGCAGCUGUUGGGAAGGGAGAGCCUGGCUGCAGCAGACCGGCUGCGCACGGAGGAGCAACAGCAGGAAAGGUGUGUUAGGGACACCGCUGCUGCUGCUAAGACUGCUGGCGAGGCGGUAUUGUCCACAGGAGGGCAGCUGCGGAUGCUGUUUUCCGUACUGUUGCGCAGAGGGUGUCUUGAAGAUCUCCACAGCGCUUCCUUCCUGCUGUCACUGCCAAGUGCCUUGCUGCAGCAAGGACCGUACUCAUAUCUGGUAGCUUGUUGCUUCCUGGCAGAAUCGUUGCACGAUCGGCAACAGGCGUUUGCCGCAGUGAACGCACUAGUUGCGGCAGCGCCUGCUGCGGCGCUGCAGCUGCUUCCUGCCCUACAUUUUGCCGCACUAAGACUCCCUUCAACCCCCGUUUUGCGGGUACUGAUCCGGUGGAAACAGAACCUGCCACAGGAGCCCCAGCUGCAACAACCCCGAACACUACCGUUGUUGCCUGAUGAGUUGAUAUUGUUUGACGGAGACGAAGCCUUGGCCCUGAUUGCGUUGGCUGCUGCAGGCGGCGCAGGAGAUGCAGUUACCGAGGAUUGCACGCUGCAGUCCGUAGCAGCGGAGCGGUGGGAAUUGUUACGGAGCAUCAGCCGAGUUUUCUCCCUGUCUCUGCAGGCCCUCGCUUCUCUAGGCCUUCAUAAGACGGCAGUGCUUCCAGCUUACAGAGCCUUACAUGACCUCCUGCCGCUGAACCCAGAACAGCAGCGCCAGCAGCAACAACAGCAGCACACACACAAAAUGGAGUCCCUUUCAUCUGCGUACGAUGAAUGGCUCUGUGCAGCCCGCGGGCCUGCUGCAGAGCUUCCUGGGGUAGCUACAAGCACCCUUUGCUGCUGCCGAGCACCCAGCGAGGGUGGUGCUGCGGCGGUGUGCACCCGCUGUCUUUGCUGUGCCCAGUGCUGCUGGUGUAGCGGCGAUCACCUAGGAGCUCUUGCGAGCUGUUUGGCGGCCGUUUCCCCGUAUUUGUUGCUGUCUGGAGACGGGCGUUGGUUUCUGCUGAUGCGGAGCCUCACACGCCUGUCAGCGUUUGAGGGCCUUCCAUUCUCAAAGCUUGCCGCGCCUACUCCUCUGGUUGACGUGCAGCAGGGCACUCAAGAGGGCGGAACUCCAAGCAGCCCCAAGGGCAGCACGGAGGCAGCAGGGCUGCCAGCCGCCCCAGCAGCGGCUGGUUCUGCCGUUGCAUCGGCAGCCUCCGUACCGUUUAUUUUACCGGAAAAUGCAUCCCCGCUGCAGCAUCUGCUGCUGGCGUUCUGUCUGCAGCGGCUGGAGGCCGUCUCUCCGCAGGGCUUGCUGCAGUUCCUGCCUGCCAUGGAGCAUCUGGUUGCGGCAUGCACAUCUAGCCCACCCUUACGCCAGCAGCAGCUAGAAGGCUCUCGUCAGCCACAGCAACACGGAGCGUCUGGGCAGAAGCACAAAUGGCUACUAGAGCGGGCCUGUGGGGUGACUCUCAGCACCUUGGGCCGCCUGUGCAUGCGGCGUUUUCUAGAGCCUUCAAAAAUUCUGCGGGUUCUCCGACGCAAGUGUCAGUUCCUCUUCAACGCUCUACAGGCGCCGCCAGGAGCCCUUGAUGGUUGCAUCCUUGUGCUGUAUGCGCUCUCCCAGGAUCUGGCGGAAAAGAUUGAGCAUCACUGGCAGCAAGAGAAACACGAGAGGCUUCAGCAUCAGCAACAUAGCAAGACUACCGACAGCGGACUGCCUUCAGAGCUGGAAGGCCAAGUGCAGGAGCAGCUACUUCUGCUGGAGGAGGUAGCUGAGGCAGGCUCUUCCUUUGCCCGUUCAGUGGCCUUGUUCGCGGCAUCGUUUAUCUUGGGCCCCCUCUACGCUGCAUCUGCAGAUGCGGACUCGGGAAGCGUCUUGAGGGCACCGGCGGGGGAGGUUCUCUCCGUGCGAUUUGCUUGCAGCGAGGGCAUUGGGGCUGUCGUUCUACACCUGCCCCUGCGACAGCUGGAAGUCCGUGGGGCUGCUUGCCUUUUGGCCGCUGCCAUGCGCCAGGAGCAGGUGACACGGGGAAGCUCUACUGCGCAGACACCUGCCGAAAUGCUGAGACAUCAUCACCAGCAGCUAAAGCUCGGUACGGUGCUGUCGAAAACUGCCGCAGCAGCAGCCGGUGACGCAGGAGGGGACGCACAAAGCGAGCGAGCGCUUAUUCGCCUGCUGUUCUUGUCCAAACCUCGGGCCUGUGGGGCGACGGGGGGAACUGCUCAUGAGCGAAGAGAGUUGGAGGAGCUAAGAGCACACGCACAACAGGAAGCAAGAGACAUUGCGAGACGCUUCGUAACUGCAGAGCCUUUAUUGCUUGUGCUUCUCCCGCGGAUCUGUGGAUUCUUUGUCCGACGAUAUAUAACAUUGAUCCCCCCGGCUGUCGCGGCUGAUGGGGAGUUACUACAGCUAGGGCUGCAUUUGCUGCAGCAGCUGGAGAUGCUCAUGCCACAUGUGACGGCAGGCGAGGAGCAGCUGGGGGCUACACCCGAUGUCCUGCUGGGUGCUUUGUUCCCCGCAGGUGACCCUAGCAGCAGCAGCAGCUCUGACGUCAUGGGCUUUGGCAUAAGAUUCUCAGAGUUUUCAGUGUUGGCUUCGCUCCUAAGUGCGCUGGCAGCACAGCAGCCUGCACUUAUCCCCUCUGUCACGAGCUUCUUUUCCACCAUGCUCCACAACUCCAGUCCGGUGCCACCUCCUUGGCUAACAAGCUGUUCGCUGCUCGCUCUGGCGCCGCUUCACGCCACUUCAGCAGAUAUCUCGGAUAUAUGGAUGGAGUGGCCCGAAGGCCAGGAGGGAGCAGCAGUUUUUGCGUCUCUUCUAAGAGGGUUCAAUGACCAGACAGAUGAUGCUCCCCAGCCAGCAGAGAUUCAGCAGUGCCUAUGCGGAGGCGUAGGAAAGGCAGGCCACGACUUGCUGGCUGGCGCCCGAUGCGUCUUCUUAGUUGCACACGCUCAGCACAACUCAGGGGACCCCUUGCUGCUCGGCACUUGCCUGAGAGCUCUUUGUUUUGCCAUUUCUCCCACUGCGACACUGUUCUGCGUGCCCUCAGCAGGUUCUCAGGGCAAUCGAAAUAAUCUUAUCAUAACAGCCGAGUUGGCAAUUGCAAUAGCAGAGAUAUCCCGUGUAGUUCAUCUCCAGACGCCUGACCCGACAUGCUUCUACCCCCAUCUGUUGGAGCUAUACAAGAAGUUGGAAACACUCCUGUUGUCUUCCGCAAGCCCCCAAGGCUCUCAGUGGAAUGCUCUCCUCGCCUUGGGCAGCCUUUUGCCAAUAAUCUUGGAGGCCGGUGUCUUGCCACUCGACGAGGCACUUUGGUGCAUGCAGAGGAUCGAGGAGAUUCUGGAGCAAGGGCUACCGGAGCCAUGUUCUCUUGCAUACGCGGGUCUUGCGCAUAUGGCACACUCUUUGUUGCCGUUGCUGCUCUUGUUGCAACGCAGGCCGAGGCGGGUGCUGCGCCUACAGCAGCAAGUCUCCGAACUGCAGCGCCUGCUUUUGCAUUUCGAAGAAAUCGUGCGGCAGUGGCUGGAAGCCCCAGUAGUAGGCGCUGUUGCCAAGCUGGCCAGGGCAUUUGCUGCUGCAGCAUUGACGGGAGCACCUUUCUUGCUACUGGAUCCAACACAAGCUGCAAUGGCGCAGACGAAUGCUGGGGCAACAGGGCUCACUUCGGUUUCUCUAGCGCUGUACGGCGCAGACCCAGCACCAGGCACUCUUCGGGGUCGGCAGCAACAGCCCCCGCAGGAGCUUCGUCAGCAGCAAGGGAAGCAGUCAGACGCUUCGGCUGCUGUAGUGGAGUACCUCGUAAAUUUGUUCUGUGGGCAUACAUCUAGUACAUCGGUAGCCUCGUUCGGUGGCAUUCACGGGGCGCACGUUGGAAGAGGGCAAAGCCACAGGGAUCCGGAUCUCGCGGGAAGCAUGGUGCUGGGUCUGCUAUACAUACAGCUAACUAGCUACACAGCGGAGGGGUCCCUUGCGAGUUUGCCAAAAAAGAGUUUGACACGGCUGGCUCUGGAGCAGCUGCUGCGAAUCCGUGAGGGGCAGGAGUUUCUGCUACCGGAAGGGUUGUCUUCUGUGGAAGCACGCCUCGUAGACGGCGCCACAGCGGCUGACAUGAGGUCUUUGGCAGAAGAAGGCACAUCCUUCAACGAGGCCACGGUGCUGAAAAGCCAGCCCGACGCAGUUCAGAGCGAGUUUGGGGAAGCUCUUGGCUGGACUGGUUUGAUAGGUGCCCAGAGGGAGGGCGGCGGGGCUAGUGGACUGCCUAUUCAACAUUGCAUCUGUCUCUUAGAGGCCCUUGCCUGCAGCGGGGUCCCUGCUUUUUCGGAGCUCCAGCUGGGCCGGAGACUCGCGUUGCUCUUCGCGAGGGCUACAGAAGCUACGAGGUCUGCAGUGACGGAGUUAGCUGGCUGCAAGGGUCUGGAGAGGGGCGUGCAGAGGCCAGCGCCGGGGUUCGCUGACGCCGAUUCUUCAAGCUCUGCCACGUACAUUCGGAUAAACCGUUUGUUGAAGCAGCUUCAGGGCUGUGCGUCCCUCCAACUAGGAGUUUUAAGAUUUUGCUGCAGGCAUUGCUACCGCCUGCCUCAACUUGCUGCCCUGUUCGUUGGGUUUGCCCAUGCGGGAUUCGGCAUUGCGGGUGGUGCUUCACAGCCUGCUGCGCAGGAGUACCAGCAGCAGCAACUGCUGCGGCCGCCGUUGCGCCGGUCUCGUCGGUUUACUGCUGCCGUGGCGUACUAUUUCUUCGCGCUGCUGCCUGCUGUGGCUGGGGCCCUAAGUCCUCGGGAACUAUCUUCAUUGCUGGGGGGCGUUUUGCUGAGGGGGUUGCUACCGCCUGCAGAAGAGCCACUGCUGUGGUGUAGUGCUCUCCACGCAGUCCGUCGCAUCUUGGAGUGUACGCGCCGUGGUGUUUGCUGUAUCGGAAAAGAAACUCAACAACGCAAGCGGUGGGAGCUGCAGCAGCAGCAACGGAAACGGCGGCUUCACUGCUCACAGGUUGAGACUGAGGUACCCUUAUACAUCUUCCCCUCUGUUUCUCACAAGCUCCGUUAUUACAGAGAAUUGCAUCAACUCAUCACUCUUUGGAUCAUGCCCCUGCUCAGUGACACAGCUACAGCAAACGGAAAACAGCGGCUCUUAAGCUCCCCUGAAAAAGCGAUCCCCAAGACCCACCACGAAACUCCAACUGAGCCUGACGUACCAAAGGUCGUUGCAGCUGCUGCAGCUGCCAGGCGAAUACCAUUUGCCGUGUGGGGAACAGCGGCCGAGGCCCUUAUCGCUUUCCUGUUGCUCCGUAGGGACUGCUUACUCGUGCAAACCGCUUUGAACGAGGAGGAUGUGGCGUCUUUGACAACCCCUGAGCUGCAGAGUAAGAGGCGGCAGCACUUUUUGCAGCAACAAGAGCAGGAGGCCCGGCAGUUAAUGGAGCAGCUGUCCUUCUUACCAGCAUUUGUCGUGGUGUAUUUGGUGCUAUCGGGGGUCGCACCACUAGAACUCGUCCAUCGAAAGCGCAGAAUGCUGAUUUUCGAGCUUGCCCCAUCUGCUGAAAGUGGUCUUUCAUUUUCCAGCUCACCACAAAGUACAAUGGCAGCAAUAAAAGGACCUACAAGUGGACUAUCGGAAGAACCUGAUAGGUCAAGUAACCUAACGGAUGAGGAUGACUAUCUGUCGGCUGAAGUUGCGGCGUUGUGCUGUGGUUGCGCGUGGCUUCCACUAAAAGAGCAGGUCGAAAUGUUAGAGGCAUUUGCAUGCAGUGGCGCCAGCGGAGGCAGUAGGAGCUCCAGUGAUGUCUGCGUCUCUUCUGUCCGCUGCUUUAUUGGCUUUGUAACCCUCGCUGCUCACAUGGUUGCCCCUCACUUGGCCUCACUCAUUUUGCCAGCCAUUGAUGAUGCAGAUGACUUCGUGACCACUGGCGAAAGAAUGGAGGGCAGCUGCCUUCGUCCGUGCUCAGGCAAAGAGACCCCAGUGGGAGCUUGCCACUUGGUGCAGGGCUGUGGAGGUAGUGGGCUCUCUCUUUGUGGAGAGCUCGCUGCUUUUCCCACUUUAGGUGAUGAUGUAGUAGAGCGUGAGGAUUCCCUCUAUAAUCAGGUCGCGGAGUCGUCAUGUAUGUACACUUCGCAGCGCGGCAUUAAGCAUCUUCUUUUGAUGCAUCACAGGUGGCUUUGCUACAUGAAUCGAGGAAGCAAUUGUCAUGAGUGUUGCCUAUGCUCUCCGGUUUGCUCGUUGGGACGCAUGUUUCCGCAAAUGCAGCUUGUUAUAGGGUCCGCAGAUGGCAGGGGUUCAGGCGCGAGCCAGUGCCUUGAACCCUUACUGCUGACGCCGGCUGCAUUUGCAGGGGCCCGAGGCUUUUUUUGCAUGAGUUUCGCCCCGAAUAUCUAUCUCCUCUCUUCCCUCACUUCUCACUCUGUUCAGCAGGGCAAUGGAUUACUAGCACAGGGGACGGCCACUGUUGCUCCCGGGGGGGAUGAGAUGACAGGGAACCGCAAAAGCUGCAGCCUUAAAGGCAAGCUGGACGCUCUCAGCCUAUGCAAUGAAUUGGUGGCUGAGUGCGAAGCUACAACUCUUCAGGAAAAGAAAGCUCUUUACGGGGAAGAGUGCCACGAAGAUUUUUUCUUAGAAAGGAGGGAUGCCGUUCUCCUGCAAGCUCACCUGCCUUCUUCCCUCAUGCAUGAGGCCUGCUACCCCAAGUAUCUUGGAUAUCAUUGUCCAUCACGCACCCGAGCUCGGGUCAGCACUGCCACACUCUUCGCCGCAACGGAAACGCUGGCUCCCAGUGUUGUACGGCUUCUUUACGAUGAAGCACAAAGGUACGGGGGGAUUGUUGCAGGGGGGAUGUUCGAGACAGCGGAAAGCGGAAGGCAUGGUUCGUCUCUAGCUCAGCGCCUGCGGAUCCUGGCUGCUAGACUUCAACGCGUGCUUGCAGAAGCACAGGCGGCUCGAGACUCCCAAGUGUGUUCAGUACAGUGA